AUGAGUGCGUCGACGGCCGAGUCGACAGCGUUGCGGACUCUGUUCAUGACCGUGGAGAUCGGUUGCAGUGCGCGAGUGAGUUCGGGGAAGGAUGCGUCUGGUGUCGGAGGUGUGGCCGGGGACAGUGACAAUGGCGGGCGCCGUGAGAACGUCGGG